AUGACUUCCCCCUACGGGAUCUCUGGCAGAAAUGCUUUUGACCCCAUCGAGAUCCCCGACGAUGAUGAUCCUGUCUUGCCCGAAGACCAGAGACGCAUGAAUAUCGCACAGCAGGUUCGCAAUUACUUACUACACAGGGAGCACCAGGAAGAAGAUGGAACUGCUUUCAAUGCUUCGUCAGAAGAUGAUCAAGAAGACGAUAUUGUGGCAGAACUGAGAGAGGUGAUCGACCUCACGGGAGACAGGCCCGAACCGAUACCUCGGUACCAAGGUAGCUACAGCACUCACGCUGCGCAACCAUCACCGAAGAAGCGUCAUCAGAGCGUUUAUUUUGAAGGCAAAAAAGUCAAGGUCAACUUCGUCUACGAGCUAAACGACACACAGGGACACCAGUUUGCCCUUGGCUUCAUCCGAGUCACAGAAAUCUGGGAGGACGCCCUGGACAAGACUUUCCAUGUUCAUGGAAUACCGUAUACGCGCAACCGUGUUCUACACGGUAAGCUAUCACGCAAGCUCAACGAGGUCUGUAUGGUUUUCGAAGUGUACCAAAACGACCAACGGCCGCUGCAAGAGCAGGCCUGCAUCAAGGUGCCCAUUUCUAGUCUUGGUGGCCCGCGUCGACUUCACGUCACCAACGCGCCCUACCCUCUCCAUCGCUGGGACCCCAAGGCCUUCCGGUCGAAGGACGAAGUCGAAGUCUCUGGGCCCCUUGUGUGCCGCUGGAAGGCCAUCUACGAAUACCUUGAUGAUCAACCCCGAAGGAAGCCCCUCUCGCCACGCAGUUUCAAGAUCAUUCGCAUCAGAGCCGAGGAUGUGACAGAGCCCGAGUUCAGGUACAGCGACGAAGCGCUGCGCCGAGACUGGCGCGGCGAAACUGUUCGUGGCGGCAACUACCAAGCACCGCGAGGACCUGUUCAGGCUGGAACAGUGAACCGAGCUCCCAAUCAGCGAUAUACCCUCUUCGAUGCCUUUUGCGGCGCAGGAGGUGUAUCCCGCGGCGCCGAGCGCUCAGGGUUGCACGUUCGGUAUGCUGUAGACGUGUGGGACAAGGCUUGCAGCAGUAUGCGUAUGAACUUCCCCGACGCAGAGGUAUUCGAGACCGAUAUACACGGCUUUGUCACGUCGACAGAUGGAAGAGUCAUAACCGCCGACGUUGUCCAUCUGUCACCUCCUUGUCAGUUUUGGUCACCUGCACACACGGUCAACGGUCCGCAAGAUGACGCCAAUAUCGCUGCACUGUUUGCCUGCCGAGCUAUCAUUGAAAAGGUGCGUCCCCGGAUCUUCACUCUGGAGCAGACUUUUGGCAUCAUGCGCGAGCGAUUCGCAGAUUCGUUCAACUGCCUCAUAUCUGGUUUCACGGAUCACAACUAUUCGGUCGAAUGGAAGGUCAUUGAGUGUGAAUACUACGGUCUACCCCAACACCGCCGGCGCCUGAUCAUGAUCGGAGCAGGGCCCGGUGAAGUGAUGCCUCCGUGGCCGGCCAUCACGCACGCGAGGGGCGGCCAAGGCGGGCUGAAGCCGUUCAACACGAUCCGCAAGGCUCUCCGACCGAUCGCGCAGGUGCGCAACGACCCUCAUCACAGGCCCAGGCCUUGUCCACCGUCGAGGGACUCGGUUGUCAGCGACCCCGACGAUAUUCUCAGACGCUGCAUGACGACGAGUGGAGGUCAAAAUCGGCACUUCGAUAACACUCGGACGUACACGAAUCGCGAGUUUGCCUGCCUUCAGGGGUUCCCGAUUUGGCAUCAAUUCACCAGGACAUGUGCUCGCCGGCAGAUCGGCAACGCGUUCCCCCCUUGCGUUGUCCAAGUCUUCUACGAGGCGAUACAGAAGCAUCUGUACCAGGUAGACGGCUUCACUGGGAACCCCCGACCUGUGCUCCCUGUUAUUCCGAGAGACAUCAUCAGCCUGGUCGACGAAGGUGAGGAUGAAGACGAUAGCGCCGUGGAAGACCCGCCCAGUUACAGGGCCUCUGCCAACUUCCGUCCCGCUCGCAUUAACCGCAGGGAUGCCGUUGACAUAGCUGGUCAAGAAGAUUCCUUUGGUCUGCGUCCAAGUGCGACCCCAAGGCGGCGAACUGCCCUUGUGAACGUUGAUCUCGCGACCUCCACACACUUGCGGCCGCGGUCUCAGCCGACCCCAGCCCCUUUGGCUUCGUCGCAGCUUGACUUUGAGUCUCGGACACAGCAACGUCGGGAGCCUAACGGGGCAUUUGACAGCUUGACACUGAUGUCACGCGACGUCCGUCGGGACCUCAGCGUCAUGGAAGCCACGUCUUCUCAAGUCCGUCGCUUUGACGAUCCCGCCCCUCCUACGUAUCCCACAGCUCCGAUGCGACCCCGCGUGGACUAUCAGCAGCAGUUUCCCCAUCCUUACGACGAAAGCAUGUCACAGUCUCGUUAUGGCGCCAACAGUCGGACCAUGGGCAACCAAGCCAGCGUAGCAGGGCCGUCACAGCCCAUGCAUGACAGGCUGCGCUUCCUAGCCCCCAGCCAGAGGCUACUGCGCGGCUCGUUUACAGACAUUGCUCUCGAUUCUUGGGGCUUGCCUCCCGUUGGCUCUUUCCGCGAGCGGCACGACGCCAGUGACCUACCAGCUGGAUCGUCUCCGCUGUCGCGCACUGCCUCGUUAUCGGGCACACCGAGGCGAGGUGCCAUGCAAGCCGAGUACGGUAGUCACGGUUUGCGAGACGACGAUCAGGAUCAGGAUAUCAUCAUUUUAGACUGA